CGAACAAAAAUAGAAUAAAGAACCUUAUAUCAGAACCCAAAGCGGCCCCUUUGUCUUUCUCCUAUCCCCCUCUCUCCCUCUCUCUCUCUCUCUGCCCCUCUUCACUCUCCCUUUCUCUCUCUAGCAAUGACCAGCUCUUCUGCCCCUUCUCGCAAAGCCCUAAGCAAGAUCGCAUGCAAUCGUCUCCAGAAGGAGCUCGUCGAGUGGCAGGUCAAUCCCCCCGCCGGAUUCAAGCACAAGGUCUCCGAUAACCUCCAGAGAUGGGUUAUUGAGGUUAAUGGAGCGCAGGGUACUUUGUAUGCCAAUGAGACUUAUCAGCUUCAGGUUGAUUUUCCUGAGCAUUACCCUAUGGAAGCGCCUCAGGUGAUUUUUCUGAACCCAGCACCGUUGCAUCCGCAUAUCUACAGCAACGGGCAUAUUUGUUUAGAUAUAUUGUAUGAUUCAUGGUCCCCUGCAAUGACAGUAAGUUCAGUGUGCAUCAGCAUCCUUUCCAUGUUAUCGAGCUCUACCGCAAAGCAACGCCCAGCUGACAAUGAUCGGUACGUGAAGAAUUGUAGGAAUGGUCGGUCUCCAAAGGAGACGAGAUGGUGGUUUCAUGAUGACAAGGUUUAAUAACUUUGGCUGUUCUUGUGGAGUAGAGUGAUUGUUGACUCCCUACGGUUUGUGAAACUGCUGCAAGCAAAACAAAAAAAUUACUGUGUUAUUUGUAUAGGAAAUGAUAGGUGUACCGAUCUGAAUUAUCUUACUGUAUAAGGAACAAUAAGUCCAAGCCGAACCAUUUCUGAUGGGAAUAUGUCAAACUUACUGUGUUCUUAACUAGUUUUGUGGAGGUGGUGUGGGGCCCAAGGGAUGUAAUAAAUCCUUAAUGGAAGGCACGACGAGGGCAACCUCCUUGCUGGGUAAGCAUAGUUCUCUUUUAACGUUCAGGCGUAAUUAGUUCA